UGGAAUUUCGAAUCGCAAGGAACUACAUAGAACCAAAGACACAAAGUCCCCACCAGAGCCAAGUGAAAGUCGAAAAGUGUAUUGAAGUGAAAAUGAAUCUGCUCAUGGAUAGCAUGCCGUCGCACGCGAAUCCUGGCCAGCGUCGCACCACGCCGCCUCAGCACGCCGAGCUUAGGAUCUCUACAUCACCGCAACAGUCGCCGCAGCAGAAUCAAACCACUAAUCACAAUAACAACAAUGAGACACCCACAUCGCCAGCCGGUGGAAAGACCACUCUUAAACGCGCCUUUGAUGUGGCCUUCCUCAUGAUGCCCGAUGAGCGGAUCAAGCAAAAGCAGGCCGAGAAGCAGGCUCGCCUCCAGGAGGCACUGCACCAUCAUCACCACCAACAGCAGCAACAGCAGCAGCAGAUGAGCCACUAUCCCACAGAUUUGUCUCCCCGAGGAGCCUCUUCGCAGCCACCUUCGCCGGCGGCACUGGAGUACAUCAGUCUGUUGGAGGCACGCCAGCGGUAUCCACAGAUCAGCAUCCGUUCGCCGCGGGUUUAUGAUGAUCCCAGUGUGGUCAUACCCCUGGUGGAUUCUCCCGAGGCUCCGUCAACUUCUUCACCACCACCGCCCAUGCGCAGCGCUUUUACCAAGGUGGCCUCCUCGUCGCUGUCCACUUCAUCAUCCUCACCAUCGACAACUUCACGUUUGGAGUCACCGGUGGAUGUGGGAGCUCCACCAUUGAGUCCCGAUCAGCUGAGCUGUCACUCGAUAAGUCCACCAUUGGUUACACCUCCACCGAGAACCAAUAGCGGUGGCCAAAAUCCCAAUCCCCUGCCAGCAAAUCCCAUUGUGUACCACAAUUUCCGACCGGAGUAUCAGUUCAACGGAGCCUUCCAGGCGGUAAAUCCCAUGCAGGCUCUGCAAGCACAGCAGCGCCUCAAGCAGCAGUUGUUGUACACGCGUCCACCGGGACCGGGAAAUCCCAAUGGUGGAGGACCUUCUAUGCAGGCAAACUCACCACCGGGUCCACCGUCGGAGUUCCUGCAUGCCUAUCCCGGAUUUGCUCCGCCACCACAUCCAUUUGCGGUAUCCCAACCUCUCCAGAAUCCCGCAGCAGCAGCCAUUCUCUCCACGUUGAUUCCACCCACAUUGGCAUCCACUUUUACUCUGACCGCUCAGAAUGUGUGCGCCAAGUGCAACAUAAGUUUCCGGAUGACCAGUGAUCUGGUGUAUCACAUGCGAUCCCAUCACAAAAGCGAGGUGGCCUGCGAUCCGAAUCGACGCAAGCGGGAGGAGAAACUCCGAUGUCCCGUCUGCCAGGAGACUUUCAGGGAGCGACACCAUCUAACGCGACACAUGACCGCCCACCAGGACAAGGCCAGUGAUCACCAGCCGCAGUUGGAGGACUCAUCCUCCUCUGCCGGUGACAACGAGAUAAUCAAUGUGGUCGGCGGCACACCGCCAGGUCGCCGAAUGGGUGGCAUGCCCAAAUGAUCAAAGCAUUUCUUCGGAUAUUUUUAAGUCAUCAAGUCAACUCCCAAAAAACAAAACCCGUUGGUUUAGCCCAUAAUGCCCAUUUUCGAUUGUGAUAUUAACUUUAAUUUCCCCCACGCUCCGAUUUAAUUUCCCCUUAGCUUUAAAUGUAGUGCAAUUUGUAUCUUAAACAUGUAACUGGAUCUCCCUGUAUCUCAAUUAAUUAUCUUUCAUAUCGAAGGACACGAAAGGAUCUUCAGUUUCAUCAUUGUAAGAUAUUACGGUUAAGUUGCAAAUAUGCUUAUAUUAGCAUUCAAUGUGUGGCUGAAUGUUUCAAUAAAAAUCUAAUUGUUAUGCCAAUUCAAUAAUCAUGACGUAUUAUUAAUUAAAUUUUGGGUUAAGGGGAUCUGGG